AUGAUGUGGGAAGGGGGAUCAUCGACGACGGCGGCGGCGGAAGGAGGUGGAGGUAGUGGAGGAGGGAGGAGGAAACCGUCGUGGAGAGAGAGAGAAAAUAAUCGGAGGAGGGAGAGACGAAGGAGAGCCAUUGCAGCGAAUAUAUAUAAUGGGUUGAGAGCACAAGGGAACUACAAUUUACCCAAACAUUGUGAUAACAAUGAGGUUUUGAAGGCUCUCUGUAAAGAAGCUGGUUGGGUUGUUCUUCCUGAUGGCACCACCUUUCGCAAGGGAUGCAAGCCACCACCCUGCAUCGAAAUGGGAAGCACAUCAACCAACACAACCCCAUGUUCUUCCCGAAAACCGAGCCCCCCUUCCUCAUCAUUCCCUAGCCCAUCACACCACCGGUUCGCUUUCUUUCACGACUCGAUGCCAUCUUCACUCCCWCCUCUUCGGAUAUCAAACAGCGCCCCUGUAACCCCACCUCUUUCGUCCCCAACUUCAAAGCCUCCCCAAAACAACAAUCUCAUUUGGGAAUCUUUAACCAAACAAUCAAUGACCUCUUUCAACUUGCCAUAUUUCGCGUCUUCAGCCCCUACGAGCCCAACUCGACAMCAGCGGUUCAUGCCCACCACCAUACCGGAAUGUGACGAAUCUGGUUGCACCACCAUAGAUUCUUGUCAAUGGGUGCGGUUCCAGAACCACGAGCCAAUGGUUAUGAGCCCCAACUCACCCACAUUCCACCUGAUGAAACCAAAGCUUCCAUCCGCGGAUGAAAUCUCCAAUAAAGGAAAAGGGAAAGGGGCAGAAUUGGAAUUUGAGAAUGGAGGAGUGAAGGCAUGGGAAGGUGAGAGGAUUCAUGAUGUGGGAUUGGAUGAUCUUGAGCUCACACUUGGAAGUGGGAAUGCUAAGUGAUUGAUGUAGAGAUUUAGAGGUUAGUUUACCACUUAAUUAUUUUUCUUCCCAGAAUUUGUUAAAUGAUUGUAGAUUUUGGAGUUCUGUUUUGAUUUUUUUGAUCUUUUGUUUGUG